CUGCCCCUUGCUCUCCUGGGCUCUAAUGCCCUUGUCCCUCCUCUUUUUCAGAGCAGGUUGAAAUCCUUAAUUUCUGCAGCUAAUGACUGUUAAUGACACUGAUAUGCUCAACAUUAAGUGCUUAGUAUGUGCAAGUACUUUCCUGAGCACAGCAUGUACAAACAAAGGCAAAAACUGUCUCUCAAGAGUCAUCCUAAUGGAGGAGGCAGCUGGGUUGCUCAGUGGAUUGAGUCAGGCCUAGAGAUGGGAGGUCCUGGGUUCAAAUUUGACCUCAGACACUUCCCAGCUGUGUGACCCUGGGCAAGUCACUUAACUCCCAUUGCCUAACCCUUACUGCUCUUUUGCCUUGGAGCCAGUACACAGUAUUGACUCCAAGAUAGAAGGUAAGGGUUUACAAAAAAAAAGUCAUAAUGGGAAAGAAAAUGUGGAGAUUGGAUUUGGCUCUCCCCUGAUUAUAACAAUGAAGGUACUUAGCUCUUCCUUUAUUGUAAAGAUUAAAUUGUAAUCCGCUGUCUAUUUUUAGAUUUUAAUCCCCAAAAGUGUAAACCUAGCACAAGUAGAUCUACCCAUUUUAACCAUAAAAAGGUAUGAGCUAACUACAAAAAGAUAUGAACUAACCAUAAAAAGGUAUGAACACCCAUUUCAUACCUUAAGUGGGAGGUUAGUGACCCAUGUGUGAAAGAGUGGACAGUCCUGGAGAGGAGUGUCUACUGUGAUUGGUAGAGGUAAAAUUUAGGGGAGGUGAUACAAGAGAAAAAAAGUCUUUAAAUAGUGGAAACAGAGACACACAUGAUGAUCAGUCACUCAAAGUUGGACUAGAAGAGAGUCAGUUACUCGGAGUUGGACUGAAGGAAGUCACUUGGGCUCUAAGAGAAGAUAGUUGGCUGUGGAACUGGACCCCUGGAGGAGCUCAUGCAGAAGACCUCAGACUGCUUUCCUUUUUAGACAGUCAUCAUGGAACUUGGUAACAAAAUAGCUAUUAAAUCUUGUCGCUUGGAGCUAAGUGCAAAAAAUAAAGACCGGUGGUGCCAUGAAAUCCAGAUUAUGAAGAAGCUGAAUCAUCCUAGUGUUGUAAAGGCCUGUGAUGUUCCUGAGGAGAUGAAUUUCCUGAUUAAUGAUGUCCCUCUUCUAGCCAUGGAGUACUGUUCAGGGGGAGAUCUUCGGAAGUUACUCAACAAACCAGAAAAUUGCUGUGGACUUAAAGAAAGUCAGAUACUUUCUCUGCUUAGUGAUAUUGGGUCGGGGAUUCAAUAUUUGCAUGAAAAUAGAAUUAUUCACAGAGAUCUAAAACCUGAAAAUAUAGUUCUUCAGGAUGUUGGUGGGAAGGUAAUUCAUAAGAUAAUUGAUUUGGGAUAUGCUAAAGACCUUGAUCAGGGAAGUCUAUGCACAUCUUUUGUGGGAACGCUGCAAUAUCUGGCCCCAGAGCUCUUUGAGAACAAGCCAUAUACUGCUACUGUUGAUUAUUGGAGCUUCGGGACAAUGGUGUUUGAAUGUAUUGUGGGAUAUAGACCUUUCUUACAUCAUCUGCAGCCAUUUACAUGGCAUGAAAAGAUUAAAAAGAAAGAUCCCAAGCAUAUAUUUGCUUUUGAAGAGAUGACUGGAGAGGUUCGGUUUAGUAGCCAUUUACCUCAACCUAAUAGCCUCUCUAGUUUCAUAGUGCAGCCCAUGGAGCAGUGGCUGCAGUUGAUGCUGACGUGGGAUCCUCAGCAGAGGGGGGGGAGCCUGGAUCUCCCACACAAGCAGCCGGCGUGCUUUGGGCAGAUGGAGCAGAUCCUGAAUUUGAAGAUAGCACAUAUAUUAAAUAUGACUUCUGCAAAGAUAAUUUCCUUCCUGUUGUUUCCUGAGGAGAGUCUUCAUUCACUACAAUCUCGGAUUGAGCAUGAAACUGGAAUAAAUACAGCCUCUCAAGAACUGCUUUUAGAAAUGGGAAUUUCCCUGGACCCCCGGAAACCUGCUUCUCAGUGUGUUCUAGAUGGAGUACGAGGCUGUGAUAGCUACAUGGUAUAUUUGUUUGAUAAAAGCAAGAUCGUCUAUGAGGGGCCAUUUGCUUCCAGAAGUUUAUCUGAAUGUGUAAAUUAUAUUGUAAAAGACAGCAAAAUCCAAUUGCCAGUCAUGCAGCUACGUAGAGUGUGGGCUGAAGCUGUGCAUUAUGUUUCUGGGCUCAAGGAAGACUACAGUAGACUCUUCCAGGGACAGAGAGCAGCAAUGUUGAGUCUUCUUCGCUAUAAUGCUAACUUAACAAAAAUGAAGAACACCAUGAUCUCAGCAUCUCAGCAACUGAAAGCAAAAUUGCAGUUUUUUCAUCAGAGCAUUCAGCUUGAUCUGGAUAGAUAUAGUGACCAGAUGACUUAUGGGAUAUCCUCAGAAAAAAUGCUGAAAGCCUGGAAAGAAAUGGAAGAAAAGGCCAUCCAAUGUGCACAGGCUGGUGAUAUCGGCUACUUGGAUGAGCAAAUCAUGUCCCUACAUACGGAAAUUGUGGAGCUACAGAGGAGUCCCUCUGCAAGGCGUCAGGAAGAUGUCAUGGAGUCUCUGGAACAGAAAGCCAUUGAUCUCUAUAAGCAGUUGAAACCCAGGUCUCCAGAUCAUUCCUACAGUGACAGUUCUGAAAUGGUGAAGAUAAUUGUGCUGACUGUGCAGAACCAGGACCGUGUACUCAAGGAAUUGUUUGGGCACCUUAGUAAGUUGUUGGGCUGUAAGCAGAAGAUCAUCGACCUUCUCCCCAAGAUUGAAGUGGCCCUCAAUAGCAUCAAGGAAGCUGACAACAUGGUCAUGUUGAUGCAGGGAAAGAGGCAGAGGGAAAUUUGGCACCUGUUAAAGAUUGCUUGUACUCAGAGUUCAGCUAGAUCCCUUGUUGGAACCAGUCUAGAAGGUGCAGCCACUUCUCCACCUUCUGCGGGCCUGCCCUCAGCUUUGACAGCCCCCAUGCCUCGUUCUCUGUCAUGUGUACUAAGUGCUCAGGACGGAGAAACUUUUACACAGAUAGUAGAGGAAAAUCUAAAUUAUCUUGGCUGUUUGAGCACUGUAAUUCGUGAGGCAACAGAGGAACAGGGUAAGAAUCUGAUGAGCCUUGAUUGGAGUUGGCUGAAGUAGUGAUGGCCUCUGACUGUCCCCAAACCCAUGAAGAUAUUGCUCGUUCUCAUGUAUCGCGCAGAUGCGCCAGGAUCUGCUCCAAGGUUAUGCGUGCAGGGACUGAAUUUUCAUUCAAUUUGUUAAUUGAGCUGAAGGUUACUGGCUUUUUAUAAAAUGUGUACUGUACAUUUACCAAGUAUAGCCACUUGGGAGCACUGUGAGCCAUCCCCUUGAUGCUUCAAAGCUCGGUCAUUCUAUUUUCCCCCUACUUUUAAAACUGCCCCUUCCUUUAAGCAUUUUUACUUCAGAGAAGUAAAGGUCAGGAGGAGCCUUAUGGAAGCAGAGAACAAUACAAGGGAAGUUUUGAGGCAAGAACUUUCCAGUGACAUUCUAGAAACUGGUUUUCCUUCUCAAAACAGAAUCUUUGGUCUCCUCAGUGCCAGUUGUAGGAAUUUGAGUGGAGUCAAUGCACUCUGUGGAGGUGAAGCCACAACUGUUUUUUCAUGUUGGCCUUUUACUAUUUUAAUAUUUCUCAACUUCAGAAUAUUUUCCAGGCUAGGAAUUGAAGCAAUUUGUGUUGGCAAAGAGAUAGAGAUCUAUUGCUCAGAUGUCUGCUGGCACCAGAGACACUGCCACAGGAGUGAGAAUAAACACGUGCAGAAACCAAACCACACACGCUUCUUUGGAGUGAGUUGGGCAUGGGUUUGCUCCCAUUCCUCUAACGAUACCUUUGGUCCCUGUGAGAGUUGGCAAACUUUCCAAAAAGCACAACUGAUGGUGUAAAUCUAUUGUAUACACUGACAUGUAUAUGUGUUUAAAAUGUACAUUAAUAAUGGCAUAUUCUGUAAUUUAUGUGGAAAUCAGAGAUCAGCCUUUUUAGGUUCUACAAGUGGAGUUGGCUUAACAUCAAUGUUUGAAUAGGUUUUAUUGUAUAAAUGACACAGUAUUUCAAAAAUUGGACAGUGUGGUUGUACAAAGAAGACAAAUGUUUUUGUAUUACAUGUGAACUAAAUGGUGUUUUGUGUAUUAAAUGAUUUUUAGUCUCAGUA